AUGAGGUGGCCUCUGGGCACCAGCUCCAGCCACAGCCCCACCUGGACAAGGCUGCUUCUAACAGGCACCCUGCUCACAUUCAGCACCUGCUCUGACUCGUUGGAGCUGCCCUCCUCUGUGUCUUUGGAGCCCUUGACCAAAGGAGCCGAUGCCCACCUGCCAGUCCCCAGAAGCCUGGAUGGGGUUCUUUCCACUUCUUGGUUCCGAGGGCAUGAAGUCCGGCCAGAAGCCAUGAUCUUCUCUCCCGAGGGCCUCCCAGGGCCUGGCCACACUGGCCGGGAGACGCUGGACACCCAGGGCAGCCUGAUCAUCAGAAACGUGACGACUUUAGAUGCGGGCAGCUACACGGUGGUGCUGGAAACCAGACGGGGGCGCAGGAGCGCGACGGAGCAGAUACAGUUUAAGGCCACCUAUGAUGGGGUGCAGCUGGUGACAUUCCCGGGAAAUAAACAAGGUGUCCUCCGGAGUGACCUCAACUACUCUGUGAUCCUGCAGUGGGCGGCUUUAAUCACACCUGAACCUGUGCUACGGUGGACCUUCAAUGGGAGACCUCGUGGAACUGGAGAAAGGCUGAUUGUCCACAGGUUGUCCAUGAAGGAUCUGGGCACCUACUUAUGCUUGGCCGAGAAUAGCCAGGGAGUGUACCUCUCCCAGCCUGUGACUAUCAUGCUGCCACAAGCUGAUGUGGAACCCACAGAACCUGCACCCAUCUCCCGGAAUCCCCCGCUCUCCCUGUCAGGAGGAUCUGCCAUUGCUCUCAUCGUGGCCGCAUCUGUGGUAGGCUUGGUACUGGUUGGAAGCGUGCUCUUCACCUUCAUCCAGAAGCUAAGCGUGCGGACUCCCGGCUCGAGCGGAGGAGGCCGGGCGCGUCCUGCCCAGCGGUGCCGAGAGGAAGCCGGCAUGGCCUCUACUUUUCUCUUCACUCGGCGGCGGCUGCUGCUGCAGUUCCUGCUGCGGUUGUUCUGGGCGCCCCUGGGAGCCGGGAUCAAGAUAAUCACAGUGCAGGCCCCACUCCAGGUGUCCGGCUUCCUGGGAGAAACCGUGAUACUUUCAUGCCAACUAUACCCCCUGGAACACGAUGUGACGGUGACGCAAGUGACCUGGACAAAACAGAGACAGGCAGAGCUCGCCCGCAGUGUGGCGGUCUUCCACCCUGCCCAGGGCCCCAGCUUCCACGAGUCCAGCCGGUUGGAAUUCAUGGCCGCCAAGCCCGGUGAGAAGCUGUGGGACGCCUCGCUGGUUGUGCGGGAGUUGCGCGUGGAAGAUGAAGCUAAUUACACCUGCCAGUUCGCCACGUUCCCUAAUGGUGACAAGAGCGCUCGAACCCUGCUCCGUGUGCUCGCCAAGCCCCAGAACAAGGCUGAGACCCUGGACAUCUCGCUCAGCCCGAACCCUGUGCCGGUGGCCCGCUGCGUCUCCGUAGGAGGUCACCCACCUGCCCGCAUCUCCUGGUCCUCAGAUGGAAAGACCAAUACCACCCAGGUGCCAGGGCCCCUGCCCGGCACCGUCACCAUCAUCAGCCUCUUAAUCUUAACACCUUCCAGCCAGAUGGACGGCAGAAACGUCACCUGCAGAGUGGAGCACGAGAGCUUUGAGGAGCCCGUGGUGCUUCCCAUAACCCUGGCUGUGUCUGCCCCCCCCGAGGUUUCCAUAUCCGGCUAUGAUGACAACUGGUACAUCGGCCGUAGAGAGGUUGCCCUGAACUGUGACGUCCGCAGCAAACCAGAGCCCACAGGCUACAACUGGAGCACGACCAACGGAACCCUGCCACCCUCUGCUGUGGCCCAGGGCACUCAGCUCCUGAUUCAUACUGUGGACGAGACCAUCAAUGCGACUUUCAUCUGCCUUGUCACCAAUGCCCUAGGGACCAGCCAGGCAAACGUGACCGUCCUGCUCAGAGAAAGUCCUAGGGAGCAGCCACACGAGGGUUCGUCCUCUAUGACUGUUAUCAUCGUGGCCUCGGUAAUCCUGUUGGUUGUCAUGCUGGUGUUGCUGAUUUGUUACUGCUGGCACAGAAAGUCCCGUCAGAACCAGUACAGUCCCUCUACUAAUGGGAUGGUCAGAUAUUCAGCUGUUGGCAGCAAUUCCCAGGAUCCACCAACAGAGGGCACCAGGUGA